GGAAUAAGGUCAUGGGCUCUUCUUCUAGAAAUUUGUACGCAGGUAUUGGCGAAGGGCAAUCCACCUCUAGGCCACCGCUCUUUGAUGGUACCAACUACUCCCAUUAGAAGGAACGGAUGAGAAUCUAUAUCCGUUCCACCAACUUCCAAUUGUGGUUGGUCAUCAAAAAUGGCAAGAAAAUACCGAUGAAGAAAGUGGGAGAAACCAUGGUCCCAAAGACCGAGGAUGAGUUUGAUGCACAAGACAUCAAGAAGGUGGAAAACUACGCCAAGGCCAUCAACAUGUUGUAUUGUGCGGUUAACCCCAACGAUUACCGAAAGAUCUCCUGUUGCACAACCGCCAAGGAGAUGUGGGACAAGCUUGAAGUGACGUACGAAGGUACCGAUCAAGUUCGUGAAGCCAAAAUCGAUUUUCUCACCCAAGAGUACGAAAUGUUCCGAAUGAACGAAGGUGAGAAAAUUGAUGACAUGUUCGACCGUUUUUCAAAAAUCAUCAACGAUCUUCACGCCUUGAAGAAAAGCUACUCCAACAAGGAUCUAGUGAGGAAGAUCCUUCGCAGCCUAGCUCCCGAACAACGCUCCAAGGUCGAUGUCAUCUACGAGUCAAUUGGCGUCUCCAACGUCACAAUUGAUGGGUUAAGAGAUUCAAGUGCAGCUUACAUCUUUCGGGGUGGCGAUUCCGGCGACGAAUCAACCGACCAAGAGGAGGAUGAAGCUGCAAACUUCUGCCUCAUGGCGCACGAAGAUCAAAGCGACGACGUCAAAGAGGGCUGGUACCUCCGGGAAAUCAAAGUCCAAAUCCUGGGUGCCUGCAACGACCUCCGAGGAACGCCUCUACGAUGGCGAUGGGUCAUAUCUUUGGUUCGAUUCCGAGGAGGAGAGCACCCGCUUUCUCACCUUCUUCUCCAAGCGGGUUGUGGCUCCCCCGCGGAUUGUCCCGCAGCGUUUACCGGAGUUGCUAGGCUACGACUUCCUCGAUGCAUAGGUCCACCAAACCGGGCUAUGGUCGUUCGUCUCCAAGGCCCGGAAGGAGAUCAACCCGGUGCUGAUUCGAGCUUUCUACUCGAAUUUCAGGGCGAUGACAUCUCCACCUAUGGUAGAGAAGAUUGGGUCCUCUACAACGAGGGCCUAGUCCUCAAUGAUCUCGGCAUCACCGAACUCAUUCGCCAUCCCACGGGCCGCCCCACCAUCCACUCCGCGACCCCCGAGAGCCGCCUCCUUCUCUACAUCGUGUCCAGGAUCAUCAAUCCCCGGAAGCACGGGCACACGAUAAUGUCCGGCGAGGACCUCAAGCUCCUCCAUGCCAUCAUGCACUCGACGCCGAUCAAUUGGGCAAAGUUUGUCAUGAUCUACAUGACGGACGCCACAUCUACCGCCCACGAUCAACUCCUCCUGUACCCCUUCUUGGUGAUGGACAUCCUUGAACGGUUCAAGGUUACCACCACCGUUGGCCCACUCACCAAGGCCACAAAGCUUUGGACGACCGGCGCCCAAACCUUCACAAAGAGGUCGGACAACACCGCACCUGCCAUUGCCGCACGCCACUGCACUACCAAUGGCCCAGCCAAACCUCAGGCCCAGGCCAACCUUGCCUCCAUCGCCGACUCCCUCAACCGGCUGCACUUCAAAGUCGACGGGAUGGAUGGGUACCUUGAACGGCUCGACGAGGCUGUUCAACACCAAGGGCACGCCAUGAACGUGUACUUCCAACGCAUCAACUACGUCCCCCCACCGUACCUAGGCACGUUUCUUGGGCAGGUGUACGGUGACAAGGACGAAGAGGAUGGCUCCUAUGCCCCGUCAAGCUCCCCAGACGAGGAUGAGUUCGACGAUGCCAUUGAUGGUGAUGAGAUGGACGGUCCUGAGAACUUGACUUACGCGCUUGAGCCAGUGCUUAGCAACCAUAGGAUCAGCGAUAUGAUCGCCACGGAGCUCCUCGACUCCGUUCUUCUUCAACUUCUCGAUGGUUCCUGGAUGGGCCCGCGGAAGAGGCGCACUAGGCUUGACCUCUUGUCGCGGUAUGCAACGCCAACCCUAGCAGACAAGUACUGGGCUAGUAGAUUUUUUUGCAAAAAUUUUCUGGAGACUCUCCCUUGGAGAUGCUCUAAUGGGGCAUAUAAAUGGUCUGCCUUCUCCUUGGCACGCAACUACCGUCCAGAGCAGAGGAAUCGCCGGGAAGCUUUGCCGGACAUCGCGAGGGUUCUUCGCUGGAAUCUAGUAGUCACUUAGAUUCUUCGUCGAUCCAAUUGAGUUGCUAGUAUGGAACCUCUGUGGUCAUCUUGAAUUCAUCUUUCCGUUGUCCAAACUAGUAAAUCUCUGAUGGAAAGUGCAGAUAUGUGCAGGUAUGAAGCUCCAAGGAUGCCCACAAGCUGUUCGACGUAUUUCCAUAAAGAAAUCUACGAAUGGAACUAGAGCUUUGGCAUAUUCCAUCGUGACAACCCAUUUUCUUCUCAAUAAUCUUCUCACAUCCCUAAUUCUCUAGCUUUAUCUUUUUCUCUAGAGUCUUCCAUUUUCCUCUGGUUCUCUAGAGUUUUCCUCUCAGUUUGGCCGAGAUCUCAUUUUCCUCUCAAUUUUGCGGACCAACUAAGCUUUAUCUCUCUCUAGAGUUCUCCAUCAAAGAAUAGAAACGACGGCCGAAUCCACCUGUUAAUUGCGCCGGUACACCAUCGCUCGUGACCAUCCAUUUCUUGUCCCGGUAACUUGUCGGAGGUGCACGCCGGGAACCGACUGUCGGAGGUUCACUCUGAGACGCAUAUGUUCAUGUCAAUCAUAAAGGUAAUCUUGACAUUAGACAUUGUGUUUGUCUUCUCAACUCAAAAUUAUUCACUGGAUUUAUAUAAAUUUAUUUAAACUUGCACUAUGAAUAGCUAUUUCAAAGACUAUUUAUCAAAACUGGUUAUUUGGAAAAUACUCUUCAUUAUUUUUCAAAGGUAAUUUUUACACUAUCUUAUGUAAGACAAUUGACUAAUAUAAAAUUUAUUUAGAGCCUUGAAUCUUAAACUAAAAAAUAACACGGCUUUUUCAUAAGAAACACCCUUCAUCUAUUUAAAAAAGUAUCAUAAUUCUAAUUUCUAAUGCACCAUUCAUAGUUUUUAAGGUCUUCAAAAAAGAUUUGAAAAGUAAACGGGAAAUACUAAGUAAUCUAGUUUAUUAAAGUCAUUAAUGUAAUAGCAAUAUUGAGUAUAAAAUACUCUGUAUUUCUUUAUCUUUAAUUCUUCAAGAUUGAAAAAGAAUUGAACGCAGUGUUUAUGGUGCACUGCCAUCAAAGUGGUACGUGUUUUGUUUCAUUGUUUGUAUUUUUUGUUUGUAUCUAAGUCUUUAAACAUGAUCGAGUUGGUUUGAAUUUGUGGAGUUCGAUCCAUGUGUAAUCUGCAAUCACAUAGCAAAAAAAGUAAAAAAGAAUCUUUCUAGGAGGAAGAACAAUUAAUAAUGCAGAGAAGAUGAAGUUGCAAACCUUGAAGUUGAAGAAGUAUGCCCUGGAGAGUGGACAUUGAAAAUGUUAAAUUUAAGUCUAUUUAUAUUGUGAGCUUUGUAAUUAAUGUAUUAAAUUUAAUGUGUGGGUUGUAGUGUUGUACCCUGAUUUGAUGUUGCUGCUGCCACCUCCCCCUUUCACUUUUUACACAGUUCGAUGCAAGGCAUGGAGCUCAAAAAAUUUGCAAAUCAAAUACCAUGUAAUAUCUUUAUUGCAAAUCUUUGUUGGGUUAAAUAAUGUUUUAGGAGUGGU